AUGUUUCUCGUUCCCAGUUUCUUAUUGUGAGACACUUUUUUUACUUCUGUUUUCUUCUUACCAUCUAAGGCCAGUUAUGUCUGGACGCGGCAAGCAGGGUGGCAAGGCUCGCGCCAAGGCCAAGACCCGCUCCUCCCGGGCCGGCCUGCAGUUCCCCGUCGGCCGUGUGCACCGUCUGCUCCGCAAGGGUAACUACUCGGAGCGGGUGGGCGCCGGCGCCCCGGUGUACCUGGCGGCGGUGCUGGAGUACCUGACGGCCGAGAUCCUGGAGCUGGCUGGCAACGCGGCCCGUGACAACAAGAAGACCCGCAUCAUCCCGCGCCACCUUCAGCUGGCCAUCCGCAACGACGAGGAGCUCAACAAGCUGCUGGGCCGCGUGACCAUCGCGCAGGGCGGUGUCCUGCCCAACAUCCAGGCUGUGCUGUUGCCCAAGAAGACCGAGAGCCACCACAAGGCCAAGGGAAAAUAAUUCUCUGAUCUUUGUCUAGGACUGCCCUAGUGCAAGUUACAUAAAACAAAGGCUCUUUUCAGAGCCACU